AUGUACAAGUUCAGUAACAAACAUAUAGAACACAUUUUUGAUGGCAAAGUAGCAGAUAUGACAUUAAUGUCUAGCUCCCAGGGUUCACAUUCUACUUUAGUUGAUCGAGACAAGGAUGUGAACCAGAGAGCUUCUUCAGGCCAGAGCCCUCCCCAGCAAACUCCAGUCCAAAGAUCCAUUGCGCCUUCUUUGUCGAAUUACACUACCGAAAGCAACACCGCACCUCAUAAGGGCAGCAACCUGGAUCCCAAGUCACCAAACUUUGACCCGACGGCAUGGAUGAAGAGGGUUGCAGCGCUCACAGAGUCAGGCCGGAGGUCUGCUUCGCAGCGAUCUCUAGGUGUAGCGUUUAGAAAUUUGACCGUGUUUGGCUGGAUAACUGAAGCACAGUUUCAAAAAUCGACCGGAAACGUUUUGAUUGGCAUUGCAAAAUCACUGGCCAGGUUGGCUUCCGGCAGCGGCUUCAGAGGCAGACGAGUAGAUAUCUUACAAAAUUUUGAAGGCAUCGUUGAGGAUGGUGAAAUGCUGCUUGUUCUUGGCCCUCCUGGCUCUGGCUGCUCAACAUUUCUGAAGACAUUGUCUUCGCAAACGGCAGACCUAGAACUAUCCCCAGACGCUUAUAUCAACUACCGUGGAAUCGAUCCGAAACUGAUUCGUUCCUCUCUCCGCGGCGAUGUUCUCUACAAUGCAGAACUCGACUCGCACCUUGCCCACCUCACAGUCAACGAAACAUUACUCUUCGCAAGUUGUGCUCGUUCCGUUCGACAUGUUCCCCAAGGCUUCACCCGCCAACAGUUCGAUGUUCUCCGACGCGAUGCCAUGAUGGCCACAUUCGGAUUGACGCAUACCGCCAACACUCGAGUGGGCGACGAUGUUGUUCGCGGUGUAAGCGGCGGAGAGCGCAAGAGAGUCAGUAUCGCCGAAGCAGCGCUCACAAACGCCAAGUUCCAAUGCUGGGACAACUCUACUCGCGGUCUGGAUAGUGCCAACGCCGUCAACUUUUGUCAGAAUUUACGCCGGCAGGCCGACCUUUUGGGCACCACGUCAGCGGUGACGCUCUACCAAGUUCCCCAGUCAGCAUACGACUUGUUCGAUCUCGUUACCGUCAUUUACGAAGGCAGGCAGAUUUUCUUUGGGAAGUGCUCCGAGGCCAAGACAUACUUUGAAGACCUGGGGUUUCUUUGCCCGGAACGCCAGACCGUUCCGGACUUCUUGACCUCCAUGACAAGUCCGCUGGAGCGUACUGUCAAAGCCGGGUUUGAGAAUCUGGCGCCUCGCACGGCCGACGAUUUUGCACUGUGGUGGCGCUCCAGCAAGUUGCGGCGGGAAUUGCAGCACAGACUGAACAGCUAUGAAAACAAGCAUCCUGUGCAGCACAGGCUAAGCGAGUAUCUAGAGUCUCGCCAUGCUGAGCAGGCAAAGUCCCAGAGCCACAGCUCCCCUUACACCAUCUCCUACUACCGUCAGGUUUCUCUGACCUUUUGGCGUGCUUGGAGGAGGCUUUUGGCUGACCCUGGCUUCACAAUCGUAUCUUUGGUGUUCAACCUCAUCGUAGCUCUCAUUCUGGGCAGCAUGUUUUACAACCUCCCCAACAACUCCUCCAGCUUCUACUACCGUGGAGGAACUAUAUUCUUCUCGCUCCUAUUCAAUGCAUUUGCCAGCCAGCUAGAGGUACUCACUCUCUACGCCGAGCGUCCAGUUGUAGAGAAACAUAACCGGUACGCCUUCCACCGUCAAUCAGCACAGGCAAUAGCCAGCUAUUUGUGCGACAUUCCCUACAAGAUUGUCAACAUGUUUGUGUUCAACAUUCUUGUCUAUUUCAUGGCUCAUUUGCGGCGUGGGCCCGGCGCCUUCUUCUUCUUCUGCCUGGUCUCUCUGCUGGCGACUCUCUCCCUGUCGGCCAUCUUUCGAACCCUCGCCAGCAUCGCGAGAACAUCUGCCCAGGCUAUGAUACCUAGCGCUGUGAUCAGCUUCGGUCUUAUGAUCUACACGGGCUUCACCAUCCCUACUGCUUACAUGCCUGGCUGGUCGCGAUGGAUGACCUAUAUCAAUCCGUUGGCCUAUUCCUUUGAGGCGCUCAUGGCGAACGAGUUUCAUGGUAGGGAGUUUGCAUGUUCAAGCAUAGUGCCUCGGGGUCGUGGAUACGAACGGCUGCCUGCGAGAUCCCGGAUUUGCGCCGUCGUGGGGGCCAAACCCGGGUCAACUGUUGUCAAUGGCGACCGGUAUAUAAACCUGUCGUUCGAUUACUGGAAUGAUCACAAGUGGAGGAAUGUUGGCAUACUCUGUGCAUUCACCGUCGUUUUCUUUGCAGCCUAUCUCCUGGCCGCAGAGUUGGCACGGCCACCAAAGACAAAGGGCGAGGUCCUUGUCUUCCGACGAAGUCAUAGAACAUCCCGUAGUAGCUUGAUGGAUUCUUUUCUGCCUCGGUCUGAUCUGGAGACUGCUCAGUCAUCCAGGGGCAGCCAAUCUUCCCGACUAGAGAAGAGCAACAUUGUCAACCAUGAGGCCAGCUCUGAUGGGAAUGUAACCAAGCCCCUCGCCGCCACCACACAAGCUUUCCAUUGGGAGGACCUCUGCUAUUCCAUCAAGGUCAAAGGGGAAGAACGCCAGUUGCUCGAUCAUGUCGACGGCUGGGUCAAGCCUGGAGUUUCCACUGUUCUGAUGGGUGUUUCUGGAGCUGGAAAGACCACACUACUGGACACCUUGGCAUGUCGUGUUUCCUUGGGUGUCGUGUCUGGCGACGUCUUGGUCAACGGGACACCCACCGACGCUACUUUCCAGCACCAAGUCGGCUACGUACAGCAGCAAGAUCUUCACAUGGCUACAAUGUCGGUACGUGAGGCUCUGACGUUCAGUGCGGUGCUACGACAACCAGCCGAAGUGCCGCGCAGUGACAAGCUUCGAUAUGUCGACCACGUCAUUGAAGUACUGGAAAUGCAAGACUUUGCAGAAGCCAUCAUUGGCAUCCCCGGCCAAGGGCUCAACAUCGAACAGAGAAAGCGGUUCACAAUCGGCGUGGAGCUUGCUGCUCGUCCUCAGCUACUCAUCUUCUUUGACGAGCCGACUUCAGGUCUUGAUGCGCAAACAUCAUGGGCCAUUUCCGUGCUCAUCAGAAAACUAGCCAACUCCGGGCAGGCAGUCCUCUGCACCGUCCAUCAGCCCUCAGCGAUGCUUUUUAAUCAGUUUGAUCGGUUACUUCUCAUUGCGCCGGGCGGUAAAACUGUUUAUUUUGGUGACUUGGGCGAGCAUUCAUCCACGUUGAUUGACUAUUUUGAACGAAGUGGUGCCACGCCAAUCCUACCUGGUGCGAACCCUGCUGAAUGGAUGCUGAAAGUCAUUGAGCCGCAAAAAAAUCUGUCCGAAGGUGUAGAUUGGCAUGCAACAUGGAGAAAUUCUCCAGAAUAUCAGGGUGUAAAGACAGAGCUGGCCCGUCUGCGAGGUUUACGCUUGACAGAAACUAAUGCAGCAGGACGUAGCAGCGAAAAGUCGCAGCAUCAAGAGUUCGUUGCUUCCUUCGCUACUCAGUUUCGAGAAGUCUUGAUUCGAACAGCGAAGCAUUUUUGGAGGUCCCCCGUGUACAUGUGGUCCAAGAUUGGUUUGAUCACACUAUCGUCUUUGUAUCUCGGCUUCAGUUAUAGCGCAAACAACUCUAUCCAAGGUUUGCAGAACCAGCUAUGGGCCGUUUUCAUGUUUCUUGUGCUCUUCCUCAACAUCAGUGAGCAGAUCAUGCCCAUGUUUGUGCCGCAACGCAACCUCUACGAGGCACGGGAGAGGCCGUCCAAGAUCUACCGAUGGGCCACGUACGUGCUUGCCAACAUCUUGAUUGAGAUCUUCUGGAAUUCGCUCAUGGCGGUCAUCAUGUACUUUUGUUGGUACUAUCCCGUGGGCUUCUUCCGAAAUACCACAAGCGAUGACCAGACAGUCCGAGGCUUCCUCGUGUUCCUCUUUCUCUGGGUCUACUUGCUGUUUACCAGCACCAUUACGCAUGCAGCCAUUAUGUGGAUGGAUCUUCCAGAGACUGCUGGUGUUCUCAUAACAUUUUUAUGGACACUCUGCAUCCUUUGUUGUGGCAUCAGUGUACCGCAGGUUGACCUCCCCAGAUUCUGGACCUUCAUGUACCGGGCUUCUCCUGCUACGUACUUGGUGGGAGGCAUCAUGUCCACCGCCGUCGCACACAAUAACAUUACUUGUGCUGACUACGAGGUAUUGCGCAUUGCACCACCUGCAGAUGGAAUGAGUUGUGGCAAAUUCCUCGGACCAUUCGCUAGCAAGAUGGGCGGCCGCGUGCUAGAUGAGGCUGCGCUUGGUAUAUGUGGCUACUGCCCUGUCGCGACCACGAAUGACUUCUUGGCUCGUUUUGGGAUAUCUUAUGAUACCAGAUGGAGAGAUUUUGGACUUGUUUGGGUCUAUGUUGUUGCGAACAUUGGCAUCGCUUUGACACUCUACUGGGUCUUUCGAGUGCCGAGCCAGAAGAAGACCCAAGCCAAGAGGGUGUGA